AUCGUGACAGCAUCUGCGAGUUCAAGUUGGAUACUGAAGAACAUUAGAGGACACGAGCUUCAGCUUCUACACAGAGAUGAAUCGUUUUCUGUGUUUUCUGGCUGCAGCACUUUGCAUGUGCUUGCAAUGGCAGGUGAAUGCCGAAUCGCAUUUGAGCAGGAGCGUGAUUGAAGAUGCGGUGGCAGCGGCCAAGGCCACGGUGGAUAAUGCCUAUGAAUAUUCCAGACAAGAGAGCAUUGAUCGGGUCAGGAGGAAUGCAGCGAGUCCCUCAGACGUCCUGCGGCUGUUGAAACAACCCGCUGGACCAACCCGCACUGCUGUCCGUGCUGCAGACUAUAUGGAUGUUGCUGUGAAGCUGAUCAAGAGGUCUCUGAAUAGACGUCCAAAACGCUCCAUCAAUGCCACAGAUCUGAUUUCUGAGGAGGACCUGGAGGUCAUCGCUGAUCUGACAGGCUGCUCUCCCCGACACCGGGUCCCUUCUUGCACUACAACUCCCAAUUUAAACAAGUUUCGGACUGCAAGCAGCACCUGCAAUAACAGAGAAAACACUCGCUGGGGAUCCUCCAACAUACCUUUCACCCGCUGGCUCCCUGCUGAGUAUGAGGAUGGCACCUCUCUGCCUAAAGGCUGGACCCCUAAUCUGAGUGUCAACAGACAUUUGCUUCCAUUGGUAAGGGAAGUGUCCAACCGAAUUCUGCGCACAGCUAACUCUGAUGUGGAGAGCGACCCUCUCUACACUCACCUGGUGACAAUCUUUGGCCAAUGGACUGACCACGACCUGACCUUCACUCCUCACUCUCCUGUCAUCCGCUCAUUCAAUAAUGGUGUUGACUGCGACAAGAGCUGUGAACGCACAGAGCCCUGCUUCCCUAUUGAGAUUCCCAAGAAAGACCCCCGUUUUGGCAAAAAGUCAGAGGAGUGCAUACCCUUCUUCCGCUCAUCAGCAGGUUGUGGAUCAGGCAACACUGGCCACAUCUUUGGUGCGAGCACUGUCCGUCAGCAGAUGAACUCUCUCACAGCUUUCAUCGAUGUGGGCCAGGUGUACGGUUCAGAUGAUACCAAAGCUCGCUUCCUCCGCAACCUCACCACGGAUGAGGGUCUAUUGAGAGUCAACACAGAGUACACUGACAAUGGCCGUGAGCUCCUGCCCUUCACCAACAUGGGUGCCAACAUGUGUGCCUCACGAGCCCGCAUUACUAAUGACGAUGUAGAGGAGGUGCCCUGCUUUCUGGCUGGUGAUGAGCGCAGCAACGAGAACAUUGGUCUGACCUCUCUACACACACUGUUGAUGCGUGAGCACAACCGUCUGGCUCGUGCCCUGGCCGAACUCAAUCCUCACUGGGGCGGAGAGAGACUCUACCAGGAGGCCCGCAAGAUCAUGGGAGGAUACUUCCAGGUUCUUACCUUCAGAGACUACCUGCUCCACAUUGUUGGUCCAGACUUCAUCGCCAGGCAGCUGUCCACCUAUCCUGGUUAUGAUGAAAACGUGGACCCCAGCAUCUCCAAUGUGUUUGCCACAGCUGCCUACCGAUUUGCUCACCUGAUGGUUCAGCCUUUCAUGUUUCGUCUUGAUGAGAAAUACAAGGAGAACAGCAAAUUUCCCUCCCCACUGCUUCACAAAGCCUUCUUCGCACCAUGGAGGAUCGUCUUUGAAGGUGGAGUGGACCCAAUCCUGAGGGGGCUGGUGGGCCGUCAGGCCAAGCUUAACACGCAGGAUCAGAUGAUGACAGAUGAGCUGAGGGACAGGCUGUUUAAAUUCUCUGCUGAAUUGGCUCUGGAUCUGGGGGCACUCAACAUGCAGAGAGGAAGAGACCAUGGACUUCCUGGUUACAACCAAUGGCGCAAGUUUUGUGGGCUGUCACAACCACGAAAUCUGGCACAGCUGGCGAGGGUUAUGAACAACACUGACCUGGCAAAGAACCUUCUGGAUCUCUACGGCACUCCUGACAACAUCGACGUGUGGCUGGGAGGAGUGGCUGAGCCGUUUGUCCGUGGAGGAAGAGUGGGACCCCUGUUUGCCUGCCUGAUUGCCACGCAGUUCCAGAAGAUCCGCCAGGGAGACAGGCUUUGGUGGGAGAACGAGGGAGUCUUUACUGAGGCUCAGAGGGAGUCCCUGAGGGAAACAUCACUUGCCCGGAUCAUGUGUGACAACACUGGCAUCACUGAAGUACCUGACAGACCCUUCCAGUACAGGCCUCGAGGAUCUGGUUACACUCAGUGUGAGGACAUCCCUACCUUUGACCUCAGUCCAUGGAGGGAGGGUGAAAACUCAAGUGGAACACAAGAAUCACCAGAUAUAAUGCCAUCUGGUCCAAAAGACUACACCAAGGAGAAUGUUGCCUUCUCUGUGCGACUGGGAAACAACUUCCCCAAAUCCGGCGUGCCUAUCACCUUCCGUGACGUCAUCUACAAUGGACAGAAGAGCUACGACACCAAGACAGGGAUUUUCACUUGCGAGCACCCAGGUGUUUACGAGUUUCAGUUCCACUGCACGAUCAACAAGAACGAUGCCAGUGUGGAUCUGCUGCGUAACGGAGAGCUGAUCGUGCACUCAUUCACCACGCGACAGAACGGGUACAUCACAGCCAGCGGCAACACGUAUGUUAAGCUUCAAAAGGGAGACAAGGUCUGGCUUAUGGCCAACCAUGGUAGCAACGGUUUGACCAAAGACAGCUUCUUCUCAGGGCAUCUGCUGUUCACUGAGUAGGAAACCUGAUGCAGCUGCUGAUUCAUGACACCCUCAAAACACUGCAGAGCAAUGCUGAGAGUUCGUGGAAGUUAUUCAUUUCUAGUAAUAGCACCUCAUAAAUGUGGAAGUUACCCUGCUCUAAAGUAAUUGAAGACAAAAUAACAUGUUACAUGUAUUGUAGUCAACCUUGUUGAAAGUAAAGCACAGUUGUUGUUUUUUUUUGAACCGAUGGCAUUAUUUGAGUAUUUAAAAGCGUUAUCAUGUUUUAAUGUUUGUGAUGCACUGACGCCUGCGCUGGUAAUGUAGAAAUAACAUCAUUGGUUAUUUUACAUAUUUUUUUGUGAAUGUUAAAAUCAAAGUGAGAUCUACCUGACUUGAUAUGUGAAGUUUUCUCUAUUUUUUUCUCUACUAAUUAAUCAUCUUCUUGUCUUUUAAUUAUUAUUUUUUAAAUAUUUUAAAAUUGUCUUUAGAAUAGUUGCCCUAUACAGUAACAUUUAUACAGCCUGUAUGAAUGUAAUCAGUUAAUGCUUUCAUAAGCAUAAAUUGUAACGUGAUUUUUAACUGAUCUUUUUGGAACACGUUUUUGUUUGUCCCGAAUAUAAGUGUAAGACAUUGUGUCACUUUGUUUGACAUGAAUAAAUGAUUAUUUUAAAGAUUAA